AUCCCCUCAUGAAAGUGAAAGCGCGCCGAGAGUUGAGUUUCUCCCUCCUUUUCCGACUAUGAGUUGCCCUCUUAAAUCGUCCUCACGCUUGCUUUCCCACUAUGAAAACUGCGUUAAUGGACACCAACUUUCCUAUGUCAUUUGCGAGCUGUAGAGCGCUCGUUUUUCAGUGCGACCUUGAAACAGAACGAUGGCAACCGGUUGGAGAAGUCAAUGAGUAUUCGACAAUUCAUCUCUUGCUACAGCAAAGCACUCAACACGGAAGGGUUUACAAGAUAUUUGGGCGCCUGGAAAGUAGUGGAUCGGUCACAGUAGAUAUCACUCUCCAUCAAGGCAUUGUGUAUAAUGUUGUUCAGCCUACAUGGCAUGAGAUCCAUGUAAGCAGACAUAUUGUGUUUGGUCUGAUGCUUGGCAAAGAUUCUGAUGGUGGAAAAUUUUCAGUGGUUGUCCAAAACACGCUUACAGCUUGCCCAAGAGAGAACCCAGCUACUUCCCCACAGUUCCCCAUCCCAAAAGAGGCUUGGGGCCGCCCUGCAUCAACUCAAUUCCAGCACUACCCAACCACAGAUCUGUACAGGCCACUUAGCCCUUCAGUUGUCCCUAAAUCAUCGGUCGCAAGUCUUCCUGUAUACACUGCUAGUUACCCUUCACCGCCACCUGUAGCAAUGGCGUCUCCAAGGAGCCCCAGCCCAAGAACUCCAAACAUCUCAUCACAUUACCAGACAAGUACAUCAGAUAGCUCUGUAGACAAUUGCUGUGCUGCAUUAGAAUCUGCAAUUGAAAUGGGCGACACAGCUCAAGCAAUCAACAUGGUCAGAACUUUGGCUUCAAAAAAACUGGCUUUGACUGUUAAACCUAAGGACCAAAAACAAUCUACAGUUGAAGUCAUUAAAGAAAAGACAGUAAGGUUGCGUGUUGUGGUCGAGGACAGUGAGACUUCAGGAGGGGCAUUUAAUCUACAAAUACCUUUAAAUACAACCAUUGAAAAACUGCAAAAUGAGGUUGCUGACAAGUAUGGUUUUCCUCCAAAAGUUCAGCGAUGGAUCAUUGGCAAGAAAAUGGCAAAGCCCAACGAGUCUCUUCUUCAAUGUAAAGUCAGAGAAACAGGUUUUACUGCUUACCUUUACCUUCUAUCUGGAAGAAAUGUUGAACUUACAAGAGAAGAUGUUGAAACUCUUAAACUUCAGAAACAAAAGACUCAACCUAGUGCAACCAACAGGGUGCAAGUAGGCGUGGCUAACAUGGCACACCUCCCUGAGGUUACAAGGCAGAAUGUCUUAGAGGAGCCAUCUGCAAUGCAUAGAGCGGCCAGUAUGCCCUCACUGCGUGAGGAUAUUAGUCGACCGUUGCCCCAGGGUGCUGAUAUGUUCGGCAGUCAAAUUAACCUUGAAAAUCCACAGAGGACUGGCUCUUCUCUCUCAAGCUCUUUGGGGGUCGAACCACAAGUAGCACAACCACAAAAUGCCGGAAACGUUGAUGGAGUUUGUGGAGCUGUCCCUUCUGGCAUCCAAGUAGAAGAGAUCGGAGCAGUUGGACCACAGAUUGAUAGAGAUGUCACUGCCGUCAGUGAGGAACCUAAAGGCUGGGUGUGUCCGCAGUGCACAUUGAUAAAUAUACCUACUCGUCCAGGGUGCGCCAUGUGCGGAGAGGAGAGGCCUGAGGACUAUAUCAUCCCCCAGAAUAUCCUCCCACAUGGAGAAGAGUGGAUUAGGCUGGAGCAGGAACGAAUACAGUCUCAACUGUUUCAUGAGGCUCAAGAGAGACAGCGUACCGAGCAAGCCAUCGUCCGUCAGAAGAACUUCAACGCAUUACUCCAGACGGCGCAGAUGCAGCUUAUCCUUAACCAAGAGGAGUUUGACUGCGCCAUCUGUUUCACCGAGGUACCCCCUGGUGAGGGUGUGGUUUUGCGAGAGUGCCUUCAUAGGUUCUGCAUAGAUUGCUUGCGGGAGCACAUUCGUAACUGCACAGAUCCUGAAGUCCAGUGUCCUUAUCAGGAUGAGCAAUUCGCCUGUCACUUCAUCAUCACAGCGCAGGAGAUUAAAGCGCUCUUAUCAGAAGAAGACUUUAACAAAUUCUUAAAUCGAAGUCUGGCGACUGCAGAGAGUCAAGCAGCAAACAGCUUCCACUGUAAGACACCUAACUGCCCCGGGUGGUGCUUGUACGAGGACAACGUGAACACCUUCCACUGUGAGGUGUGCAGCAAGGUUAACUGCCUCACGUGCAAAGCUAUCCACUUCCCGGAAAUGAAUUGCAGAGAGUACCAGCAGGAUAUCCAGCGACGAGCUCUGAAUGAUGAUGCUGCCAAGCAGACCCAGCUUUAUUUAGAGGACAUGAUAAAGAAAGGCGAUGCUAUGCGGUGCCCUCAAUGCCAGAUUAUUUUGCUGAAAAAAGAUGGCUGUGAUUGGAUGAGAUGCAGCAUGUGUCGGAUGGAGAUCUGUUGGGCCACCAGGGGACCCCGGUGGGGACCACAGGGUGUCGGUGAUACCACUGCCGGAUGCAAGUGCCGCGUGGGAGGCAGAAAAUGUCACCCAAAUUGCCGCAAUUGUCACUAAUGUUUGCCCGCCGAGCGUGCCCCUUGCCCUGUCGCACGCGCUUAAUCCUUGAUUUUAGAAGUGUUGAAAAAGCGAGAGGGGGAAUUACCCCUCUAUUUCAGGCUCUCGUGCGACCAGUACGAAACAGGAUGGCAGCCACGACUCGACGCGUUUAAUAAAAAAGGACCGAGUACACGCAGAGUGCACGCCACCUCAUUUGUAAUGCCGUUUUUCUUAGACGCGUUUGCUUUGAGUAUAACCCCUGAUGCAGGAAAAACGAAACAAUGUCACGCAGCAUGUCUACAUGUCAUAACAUUUUGUAUUACCUUUUUAUAUGUUAGAAUUCUGAUAAGAAUGUUGCAUUUAAAGACGCGUAAGCAGUGUAAUCAUGGGAAUAUUUUUUGCCAAAUGAAUACUGUACUAAGUUUAGUCAAGAAAGCAUAAGAUAAGAGAAGGACUCUUUGGUAUUACCCACCAAAGAGUCCUUCUCUUUGGUGGGUAAUAGCAAUCCUGGCUAUUUUUUUUAGAAAAAAACCUACCCUAUUUGCCCUAAUAACAUAGAAAAUUUCAUUCUAGCAUCAAGGAUACAUGCAGUUUACAGUUUUACGCGGUUGCUUGCUGACUUGCAGUAUUUCGAAAACGUGUGAAAAAUAUGAGAAAAAGACGAGACUUGAUUCCAAAUCAAGAGCGAAAAACCUCGUGCUUCCGCUCUAGCUUGCUGCCUUCAUGGUUUCUAAACAUUCAUCUUCUUCCUAGGGUGAAACAAAAUCUGUAAGUUAGAUAUGAUAUCGGAUAUUUUGCGAAUAUCCCGGUGAAUUGAGAAGGAAUCCAAGAAAAAUACAUUUCAUAAAACUA